AUGUUCAACCACGACACAAUUCCCUCAAAGAUCGUGGUCGUCGGCACGUCUUCUGUCUCGUUGAACGACCGCUUCUCCAACUACAGUGUGCCCGAUGAGGAGGUCGUCGUGCGCCCCUCGCUGUCUUCCUUGAAUAGAAUUAACAUCGACACCAGCUCGAUUCGGAAAAGGCAGCAGCAAAGGGCCCGGAAACAAGUAUCCUACAACGACCUUGAUGAUAUGGCGAUGGAGCCAGAAGUUGAGGAGAUUGUCGAAUACGUUGAAGAAGUUGUUCCCCGCAAGCAGUUCCUUCCCAAGAGAAAGCCGGUGAUCACGACGAGGGCCCGGCCACAACGUGCUUCUAUUGUCGACCGGAUUACGCUCGAAGCGCCACCGAUUGAGGAUCGAAUCACCUUUGUCCGGCGCGCCCCGACCAUCAGCAACCGUGGCGACCGAUUCGGCUCGGUGCAGCGUGGCCGCAUCACGAAGCCCCAUCAUAUCCAAAACAGAUUGCCCAGCCGGCCCAACAACGCCGUUUUCCGCGGUCGUGGACGUGGAGCUGCCGCGGGUCGCGGCCGACCGCCCCCAAAAGCCCAGCCGAAGAAGUCGAUUGAAGACUUGGACCGCGAGAUGGACGAGUACAUGCACGGCAGCAGACACCCGAAGAUCACGAUG